CAUUGUUACAAAAUCUUAUGUUGCCUAGCAACAGUGGGUAAACAUUUUGUUAGUAAGUCAUUCGUUGUUGAGAAUCAGUAGGUAAACGGAGUGUGAUAAGAGCUGUGUGAGGAUGUCAAACUACAAGUCGAAAGCUCGCCGUGAGCCCCCUCCGAGGUAUGAACCAAAGAGUAACAACGGAGUGAACGGCAAUGGUGAAGAUUCGAGAAUGUACAGAGAAAACAAUGGUGGUAGUGUGAAUUUUAAAACGAACAGUACAAAGAGGAACUCGACAAAGUCAGGAACACAAGGUGCACGUUUUGGGUCACCUUACAGUCAGAGAAGUAGCAGGAUGGCUUCUUCUGCUACUAGACCUAUCACAACAAACCACCCUUCAGAGAAUGAGGAUGACAGUGAGCACAAUAACUUGGAAGCACAGUUCGCAACCACAAAGAAUCAAUUUGAUUCACUGCAAACCGACCUUCUUAAAAAACUGGUGAGAAUCUCAAAGCAAAUGCUUAUUUUUCAUAUUACGCAUUCUUUGUACUAAGAGCAUGAAAUGACA